CAGAAGGCUGUAAAGAUCCUAAGGUGUUAGCUUUUAAGCAAAUAUAAGACAACCCAGAAGCAAAGUUCCUAAAAGAGAGCAGCUUUUGCAGAAUACCAUCUCAAGAAAGAGAAGAAACUAAGAGGAAAUGUAUCAUCUCGACCACAAUAGCAGCAACCUCAUUUCUCUGAGGGAAUCCUAUCCUUCGGAAAGAAAUUUGUUUCUGCAAGCAGGAAAUGGUCCAGUAGAUUCAGGACUAGUUCUCUCGACUGAUGCCAAACCGAGACUAAAAUGGACUCCAGAACUCCACGAGCGAUUUGUGGAGACUGUGAAUCAACUCGGCGGAGCUGACAAGGCCACCCCUAAAACCGUCAUGAGGCUCAUGGGUAUCCCAGGGCUAACUUUAUACCACCUUAAAAGCCAUCUUCAGAAAUAUAGGCUCUGCAAAAAUCUUCAAGCUCAAACUAAUGGACGGAGUGCAAAGAAUGGCGGUGCGGCGGAGGCACCAGACAGAACAGCAGAAGGUAGCAGUUCCUUAGUCAACAACAUCAAUGUUGGCCUACAUAACAAAACGGUGCAGAUAAACGAAGCACUGCAGAUGCAGAUGGAGGUGCAGAGGAGGCUACAUGAGCAAAUGGAGGUGCAAAGACAUUUACAAAUGCGGAUAGAGGCUCAGGGUAAAUACUUACAGACAGUGCUCGAAAAGGCUCGUACAACGCUCGAGAUUCAGAACACAGGUUCUGCAGGCCAUGAAGCUGCUAAAGAGCAACUCUCUGAAUUAGUCUCAAAGGUUUCAAAUGAAUGCUUCACGAGUGCAUUUAUAGGUUUGGGAGAGAUCCAUGGAGCUGAUAAUUUGCGAGAAUGCAGAGUCCAACAUGCUGACUGUUCGAUUGACAGUUGUUUGACCUCAUGCGAAGGAUCACAAAAGGAACAGAAAAUGCACGGCAUCAAUUUGAACCUCCAAGGGUAUCACAGUAAUUUAUCAUCAGGCACAAACGAAAAGCACGAGAAUGUCAGAUUUGAAUCGAUUAAUUCAGGGUGGUGGUGUGGAGAAUUGAACGGCCACAACAUGUUUUCUCAGCCGAGGGUGAAUGUCUCAGAAAAUUGCAGUCUACCAGUCUCCAAAACAAAUUGCAGGCAAAUAGACAAGUAUAAUUCUGAUCAUGAACGACCGAAUUAUGGAGGAACGGUUCAACAAGAAAGUUCGAAGAACUUGAAUGAGUUUGGAAUGCCAUGUUUGACACCACAACUGGAUCUAAACACCCGUGAUGACAAUGAUGCUGCUCGAAACUGCAACGAAUUCGAUCUAAAUGGUUUCAGCUGGAAUUAAUUCAGAAAAUAUUAGCUAUUUAUAAUGCUCCAUGAUGAAUUUAUAAGUAUUAACAAAAAAUCUCAUAAUAUAUCUUUCUUUUCAGUUUAUCUAAAUCAUUUAUAAUUCAAAGAGAACUUGAAUGAGUUGGAAUGCCAUGGUUGACACCACAACUGGAUCUAAACGCCCGUGAUGAUAAUGAUCUGCUCGAAACUGCAAUGAAUAUCAUCUGAAUGGUUUCAGCUGGAGCUAAUUCAGAACAUAUUAGCCAUUUAUAAUACUCCAUGAUAAAUUUUCUAAGUAUUAACAAAUACUCUCAUAAUAGUUUUUUUCUUUUCAGUAAUCUAAGUCACUUAUAAAUCAAAGAGAUUUGAAUUCAGUUAUUUAUAUCCAGAGGUGAACUGAUGAGUGUACAAAUAGAGUUUCAAAAUCAUUUAAACCGAUUAAAUUGAGGUAAUUUGUAAAAAUUAGUUAUGUUAAGCAUAACCAAGGAACAUUGUUCAUAAUCAACUUCAGAUUCUUAAUGUCAUUCACAAAGAAGAAGAUAUAUCUAAAGGCAGCAAUACCCCC